AUGUCUUCAUCAGUGUUCUUCAAAUUCAAGUCGCAGAAGGAGCCCACAAGAGUGGAGUUUGACGGCACAGGUAUCUCAGUCUUCGAACUGAAGCGUGAAAUCAUCAACAAGAGUGGUUUGGGCGAUGGCACGGACUUUGACCUCUUCAUUUAUACCGAUGACAACAGUGAAGAGUACGAUGACGAUACCACUAUUGUCCCCAGAUCAACGACGGUGAUUGCUCGACGACAGCCGGCCUUGAAGCCCGGGGCUGGGCGAGCCGCUCGAUAUGUCUCUGGCAAGAUGCCCGUAGCAGCUAAGAAUGCCGGCCGCAAGGAACAGCUCGGAAAGCCUUCGACUUCCAAGCCAAACGCGAAUGCUUUCAGCCAGAUGAACGAUGCUAUGACGGAGGAAGAUCGCAUGGCUGCCAUGUUUGCUGCCCAGUCCGAACAAUGGACAGCUCAGCAAGAAGAGUUGUCUCAACAAGCGCCAGUUUUCAAGCCUGGUGCUAAGCGCCCGGCAAAUGUCCCAGAUCAUGACCCUCCGAAUGGAUACAUUUGCUAUCGAUGUGGAAACAAAGGUCACUGGAUUCAAUUGUGCCCGACCAACGAUGAUCCUGAUUUUGAUAACCGGCCCCGCGUCAAACGCACCACUGGCAUUCCUCGUUCAUUUUUACAAAAGGUGGAUAAAUCUGUCAUUUUAGCUCAAACUGAAGGUGAUGAAUCCAAGCGGCCCUCAGGAAUCAUGGUCAACGCUGAGGGAGAUUUUGUCAUUGCUGAGCCAGACAAGGCGUCAUGGGAGCAAUUCCAGGCCAAAGCCCAGUCCUCUUCCGCCGCAGCCAAGACGGCGAAGGCGGAAGACAAGGAGAUUCAGGAGCGUGGUCUCGAAUGUUCGAUUGACAAGAAGAUGUUCAUAGAGCCAAUGAAAACCCCGUGCUGUCAGAAGACGUUUUGCAAUGACUGCAUCACAAAUGCACUCAUUGAAAGCGACUUCGUCUGCCCUGCUUGCCAGACUGAAGGUGUACUAAUUGAUGAUCUUCAGCCUGAUGAGGAAGUAUCAAAGAAAAUUCAAGAAUACAUUAAAGAGAAAGAGGCCGCCAAAGUCACUCCCCCCUCAUCCCCCAAGGCCAAAUCGGAGGAAGUGGCAAAGAGCUCCGAGACCAUCGCUGAAGCUGAAGAUGCAGACAAGGUUGGGCUAAAUAAAGCUACAGACUCUGAGGAGGACAGGCCGAAACUCGAAAAGACUGAGUCCCAAGAGGAGAAACCUGACUCACCAGCUACGGAAGUCGCCGGCUCAGCGUCCAAAUCUCCCUCAACCGAGUCCAAGAGUCUUGUGCUCGCUCCUCAGGCAGGAGAUGGAAAGACCGAAGUAGUCAAAGCAGAGAACACUGCUUCGAAGAAGAGACCUGCAGAAGAUUUUCUCGAAAAUCCCAAGAUUCCCAAAGGUCCCCGUGCCAUGCAGAACCAAUCAUCACAGAAUUCGAUGAACGGAAACAUGAUGAACGGCAUGCCAAACAUGGGAAUGAAUAACAUGAUGUUCAAUGGUGGCAUGGGCAUGAUGCCAAACAUGAUGAACAUGGGCAUGGGAAUGAAUAUGGGUAUGAACAACAUGGGCAUGGGCAUGGGCAUGCCGAUGAUGAACAUGCCGAUGAUGGGGAUGCAGGGCUUCAACAACAUGAAUGGAGGCUACGGAAACAUGAAUGGAGGAUAUGGUAUGAACACCAUGGGUGGUAUGAACGGCAUGAAUAACAUGAAUGGCGGUAACAUGAACGGGAACUGGGGAGGUAUGAACAAUAUGGGUGGUAUGAAUAACGUGAAUCCCAUGGGUGGAAUGGGCAAUAUGAACGGCAUGAAUGGUGGAGGCAUGAACGGCUAUCAAAAUGGCGGCAACUUCGCCCAAGGUGGCGGCGGCGGCGAUGACGAUGCCUACUUCCGAAAGCCAGUCAACCCCCAUCGACACCAGAACAAGCAACGCCGAGUCCGGCCAAGCGACUACAGAGAGCUCUAA